UGUAUGUUGUAUGCUCGAUGACAUUUAUGAAUUGAAUAGCUUCAAUCCAUUAGUAUGUCCUCUAGAUGCCCGCGUGUUUCGCGUAAGCCUUUUAGUUUUGCACGUGGAAAACGUUCUUAUACGACGAUAUUUUCAAUCACAAAAGUUGGAAUUUUCGUAACAAUUUAAAUGUAUUACGACUUGUUUACCGUAUUCGAAUCGGUUAUUUGGUUGUACAGAAUAUUGGGCUGUUACCCUUACGUUCUUCGAGAAUACGAUGACGCGAGGAAAUACAUCCUUAGCCCAUUCUCGGUUACGUUCAACAUUUUAUUAUUCAUCAUCGGUACGAAAUACUUUGUCGUCUAUGCCGACACAGUAAUUAAUAACUAUGAUCUCAACAGCGACUCAUUGGGCAUUAUGACACUGGGUGUAAGACAAUUUUCAAAUAUGAUUUGCGUGUUUGAUUCCACAAUUGUAAAAAUAUUUCACAGUGGAAAGAUUUUACGUUCAAUAAACAGCCUUUAUUCUGUGGACGAAGAGCUGAAAAAUCUUGGGUACCAUUUCAAUUACAGAUUGGCCGUCAGAACAGUCCCAAUAUGCUUAAUUGCGUUUCUAACGUCCAUGUACCUGUUCAUAAACACGGAAUUUUUACUCUUGGUCGAUCUACCCAUUCCAUCUCUGAUGAGACUAUUUGGGAAUUCGAUGAUUCUCUUACAAAUGGCAAACAUCACCUUAUUUUCGUUCCUAAUCACAAACGUGGGCUUCAGACUGAAAGCCCUAAACGCAAGUCUGGAAAAUCUAACCGAUCACCCAUUGAAUUUCCAGGUGAUAAUGGUAAACAACAAAAAACCGGAAGACAUCGUUCAUACCUCGGCGAAAAUUCACGCCCGACUGUGCGAGGUUGCAAAAUUGUUGAACGGCGCGUUUGUUCUGACCAUCGUGACCAGCGUCGUGCAAGCGUUCGUCAUAUCCACGGCCAUGCUGUACUUCAUCUUUAUCGAAUUCAAGACUGGACUGGCCAACGAGUUUCUCAUAAUGAUGCCUUACCUCACGAUGCUGCUCAUUUGCGUACUCGUGGUCCUCGUCAUCGUAUUGAGCUGCAAUUGGACGAGUAGCCAGAUAGCCGGCACGGCGAAAAUUUUGCACCAAAUGUCUUUGAAAAAAAUGUGCAUGGACGACAAAUCUCUCGACGAAAUGAGAAAAAAAAAAUUUCAACUUGGCAAAAUGAUUACCUUAGCUUACGACAAGGAUCAGCCAGUUUAA